AUGUCGACAGGUGUAACCACAGACCUGUCAGAAAAGGGUGGACAGGUUGCCAACUUCUCUUCCUCCUUAAAUUCUUGUAAGAUUGAUGAGUCCUACAAAUACAUUUUCCUCCCUAUUUGUUACUCCUUCACCUUUAUCUUUAGCAUCACGCUCAACUCAGUGGUGCUUUACCGCUCCUUCCGCCACACCAAGCGCUGGAACGCUUCUCUUAUCUACAUGGUGAAUUUGGCUUCCACUGACUUCAUGUAUGGCCUGUCUCUUCCCUUCCUGGUUGCUAGCUACAUUAUGCAUGACAACUGGGUAUUUGGGGACUUCAUGUGUCGCCUGGUACGCUUUCUUUUCUAUUUCAACCUCUACUGUAGUAUCUUCUUCCUUACUUGCAUCUCUGUCCAUCGCUACCUGGGCAUAUGCCACCCCAUGAAGACCAUCACCUUGGAGACUAAGCGAGCGGUGAAGGCCACUUGUGUGGUGGUGUGGGUUGCAGUCUUUGCCCUCACUUGCCCCAUUUUCAGGUUUGCACAGACACAGUUUCUCAUUCGAGGAGGGGAUGGAGGGGGUUCACUGGUGGCCACGAAUGGGGAUGAGUCAGGCACAGGACAGGUCGGUUUCCAAAAUUGCUGGGAUGAUGCGAUCGAUAGAGAAUUCCAGGAUUACGUUCCAUAUGGAAUCACCCUCCACCUGUUGGGUUUCUUUGUCCCAUUCAGUAUCAUUGCCUGGUGCUACUCACGGGUGGUCAUGACCAUCUUUCGGAGUCUGCAUUCCCAGCCACCUACUCAAGGGGUUGGGGGAGGUGGGCAAGCACGUGGAAGCAGCGCAGGUAUUGGAGGGAUGGGCAUGUCAGUCAUUCUGGGUGCUCACUCACCUUACGUGCACAGACGUCGCAAAUCCAUCAAGACCAUCAUCACCAUCACUCUGCUCUUUGCGCUGUGCUUCUUCCCGUUCCACGUGACGCGCACCAUUUUCCUAGUGUUGAAAGUAACUAAGGGAGUGCAGUGCCACACAAUGCGCAUGGUGUCCAUCUGUUACAAAAUCACACGGCCCUUGGCUUCCUUCAACGCCUGGCUCAAUGCACUGCUCUUUUUUCUCACAAAAGAAAAGGCCGGCUCCUGUUGUACCAAACCAGAACCCACACAACGUGGCCUCCACUGGCCUCUGAGGUUGCUAGGAAAAGGAGGUGAUGAAGAGGAGGGGAUCGAAGAGGCAGGUAACCAUAAGGAAAACCAGCACAAGGUGGAAGAUGAUGUGUUUAGAGGUCUGCCUUAA